CCCAACCGGAAGUCCCCAUGUUGCCUUUGAGGGUCAAGCGACAACAGCUAGAAGUUAAAUGAUGACAAUUGUUAAAAAUGUCCACAAUUGGACACGCGUUUUUCUCUCACUUGCCGUGAAAAUGAGAAUUAAGUAUUAAAAACAGCCCAGGUAUUUAUAGUAAAACAUUUUUCGCCGGCGACUACCUUUUUUUUUCCUAACCCGGUGAGAGACCUUUAAACGCUCAGGCCUGAUUGGUGAAUUUCUGCAGAGACGGUUGUCCUUCUGGAAGGUUCUCGUCUCUCCACAGAGGAAUGCUGUAGUUCUGACAGAGUGACCAUCGGGUUCUUGGCUAAGAUGAACGCAGCAAUGUAGAGACAUCCUGAAAACCAACGCUUCUCAUCCAACCUGAUGGAGCUUGAGAGCGGGCCUACUGUAGCCUCCUCCGCAGAGAUGGGCUCUGAAAGCCCAGAGCAUUUUGGACCAUCUGUGACAAUGACAGAGGAGGAGGAAGAGGAGGAAAACCAGGAGCAAGAUAUCGGCCCCCUCAUCAACUCUGAUGGAGAAGUGGAUUUGUCAGAUCUCAGAGAGAGAGACUCUCCAGGAGGAGGAGCGGCAGAAACCCUCUCCAAUGCAUUCGACCAGAGCGAGAAUGAAAAGCCCCCCUCCUUCCAUCGCUGCUCCGUGUGCGGUAAAGUCUUUCCGUAUGCUUCCAAACUCCAGCGUCACCUGCGCACUCACUCUGGAGAAAGACCUUUCCCGUGCUCCGUGUGCAACAAGAGAUUUCCCGAAAAGGGUCUGCUCAUGAUCCACCAAAGGAUUCACACGGGAGAGAAACCCUUCGCCUGCACUUUUUGCGAGAAGCGGUUCGCCAGCCAGGGUGAACUUAGGCUCCACAGGAGGACUCACACCGGCGAGAGACCGUACCACUGUUCCAUCUGUCUGAAGAGCUUCUCUCGCCACUGGCACCUCAAGACGCACCUGGACGCCAUGCACUCCGAGGUGGUCGCCGGCUUCAUCAGGAAGAAGUUCCCGUGCUCGGACUGCGACAAGAGCUGCAACUCGGCCGCCGAGCUGAGGGACCACCAGAGGACUCACACCGGCGAGAGGCCGUAUCAGUGCAACUUCUGCGACAAGAAGUUCGCGUUGUCCGGCACGCUGGUGAGACACGAGCGCCUGCACACGGGAAUCACGCCCUACCACUGCUCGGACUGCGGAAAGACCUUUGCGCAGCAGUGGACGCUGACCACUCACAUGCGGACUCACAGAGGGGAGAAACCGUACAGCUGCACGCAGUGCGACAAGUCCUUCGUGGCGCCCGGGGAGCUCCGGAGGCACACCAGGAUCCACACGGGGGAAAAGCCGUAUACCUGCGCGGAUUGUGGCAGACACUUCUCGCUGGCUGGAACCCUCAGGAACCACAAAAAGUCCUGCACGCAGAGCAAGAAUGGAGAGGUUCAAACUGCCGCCGGCGAAUCGUCACAGAGGGAAGCGACUGACAUCAGCUCUGAGCUGCCUGCCAAUCAAGCUACGGCCAGCGUGGAGACCUCCGCCUCGUCGUCCUCCUCGUCUUCUGAGGACAUCAGCUGUGACCGAGCAGCCCGAGAUGGAAAUGACUCUGAAGAGGCGGAGCAGGAGCCCUCCAGUCCGCUCAUGAACGUCGUCGUGAAAGAGGAGGAGGAGGAGUCUCCUCUGUGUGAUGAAGCUUCGGCCCCGAAGUGUUCCGCUGAGACAAAUAGUGUAGUUGCGGUGAAAAAGGAGGAAGUAGAGGAUCUGGUCGAGAUGGAAGCAUCUCACGUUCGGGGGCAGCCGGUCGGAGGAGGCAAAAGAGUCCGCAGCUGCCUCUUUGACAGGUGCAAGAAGAACGACGCAAGCUCCGCUCGUGUCUACGCUCCUCCUCAGCUUCCCGACCAGGUGGUGGUGUCUCCCACAUCACCAGCGAAGGAUCAGCGCAACAACAAGAAGUCUCACAGCGCUUUCUGCUGCGGCCUCUGUGGGAGAGACUGCCACAAGAUGUCGGCGCUGCAAAUCCACAUGCGCAUCCACUCGGGAGAGAAACCCUAUCAAUGCUCUCUGUGCGGCAAGCAGUUCACCCAGAAAGGUCAGCUCAAAGGCCACCAGAAGGUCCACACGGGGGAGAAGCCCUUUUCCUGUCCCGAGUGCGGCAAGUGCUUCGCCCACUCGGGCGCCAUGAACCGACACCGUCUGACGCACACGGGGGAGAAGCCCUACCACUGCUCCAUGUGCGACCGCAGCUUCAACCAGUCGGGACGGCUGAGGGAGCACGAGAAGACGCACUUCGGGGAAAAGCUCAACUGCCCCGACUGCGACAAGACGUUCACGCGGGCCUCCAGCCUCAAGAACCACGUGAGGCUUCACACGGGCGAGAGGCCGUACAGCUGCGACGUGUGUGGGCGGGGCUUCAGUCGCUCUCAGAGCCUCAGGCUUCACAAGCGUAAACACGGGCUGAAGCACGUGGAAGAGGAGUCGGGCCUCAGCGUGGACGACUUAUCAGACCAUAGCUCCCCCGUAAAUAUGAACAUCACAGUUAAAAAUGAAGAUGACAUAUUUAUAUAAACCACACUUAUCUUUUUAAAAGGGAGCUGCACUUUUUGGGGGGAAUUUGCCCAUCAACCACAAUUUAACAGUGGAGCCAAUGGAAGUCGCUCUAUGAACUAAAACAUCCAAAAAGCUCCUUUAACGUUUAAUAUACAAGCUUUAAAGGCCGACUGAAAUGAGAUUUUCUUAUUUAAACGGGGAUAGCAGGUCCAUUCUAUGUGUCAUACUUGAUCAUUUCUCGAUAUUGACAUAUUUUUGCUUAAAGGAUUUAGUAGAGGGGCUUCACGGUGGCAGAGGGGUUAGUGCGUCUGCCUCACAAUACGAAGUUCCUGCAGUCCUGGGUUCAAAUCCAGGCUCGGGAACUUUCUGUGUGGAGUUUGCAUGUUCUCCCCGUGACUGCGUGGGUUCCCUCCGGGUACUCCGGCUUCCUCCCACUUCCAAAGACAUGCACCUGGGGAUAGGUUGAUUGGCAACACUAAUUUGGCCCUAGUGUGUGAAUGUGAGUGUGAAUGUUGUCUGUCUAUCUGUGUUGGCCCUGUGAUGAGGUGGCGACUUGUCCAGGGUGUACACCGCCUUCCGCCCGAUUGUAGCUGAGAUAGGCGCCAGCACCCCCCGCGACCCCAAAAGGGAAUAAGCGGUAGGAAAAGGAUGGAUGGGAUGGAUUUAGUAGAGAACAUCCACGAUAAAGUUUGCAACUUUUGGUUGCUAAUAAAAAAGCCUUGCCUUCACCGGAAGUAGCAGACGAUGACAUCACAAGGGUGAGGGCUCCUCACGUCCUCACAUUGUUUUUAAUGGGAGCCGCCAGCUGCAAGAGCUAUUUCGACCCAUUAAUUUGAGCGAGGAUGAAAGAUUUGUGAAUGAGGAUAUUGAGAGUAAAGGACUAAAAAAAAAAAAAAGGCGAUUGCAGAUGUUAUUGCACACAUUUACUAUGAUAAUUCUGGAAAAUCCCUUAUCUGCCCGUUGUGUUAGUGUUUUAGUGAGAUUAAAUUGUACCUAAAGUCGGAG